AACAAUAAUAAAAUCAUAAAAUGGAACUGGUGUAUUUUUACCCGUAGGACCCACUUUCAUAUACACGGCCCUCUUUCGGUCCCCAUCCCUCACUUUAAGAACAUCUGGCCGUGUCGGUGUGUGUUGUGUCUGCUGACAGACCCCAAACUCCAGCAGCUACUUCUCCCAGGCAAACGCCCUGCAUGCCAUCACGCACAGUCGUCAUAACGCAUCCACCCGUUAUUACCAGCUUGUAAUCCCGGCAGCUUGUCAAUUGACGGAGCAGGACACGGAUACGGAGGGAAGGAGGCAGACAGGAGAGGAGCUGGUAGGCGUAUCGCCUCCCGGGACAAACCGCCGCACAGUGUGAAAGUAACUGCAGGAGCGGACGGAGACGCUCGCCGUGUCGGAUCAGAGCGCUUUUCUAACGAUAGACAGAGGGAAGGACAUUUAUCAUCCAUUUAUCUGUCUGAAGCUUGCCUUUUUCUUCUGAGCUAUAACGCCUCAGUCUAUAGGCUGCCAUCCACCGAGCCGCACUCACUGUUGGAGAGAAGAGAGGUCAAGACAAAGUCACUUCUGUGGCUGAAAAGGGAGGGAGGACGACCAUUUACCAAGCUCCUCUGAUCCUGCAGUUUCUUCAGUUUCUUUUCCACCCUCUUGUACUCAGUUCUUUACCUUGAAGCGGAUAAUCAUCUGCCGACCAACAACCAGAGAGGAUUAUUAUUCUAUAACCAAGUGCAGAUCACAUGCAAAAAAAAAAAAAAACAUUAGCUGUGAGUGAGUGAAAUGUGAUGUUGGUGCAGGAAUGACAGCUGCUGAACGGGGGAGCAAAGAGCACCUAUAGGGGAGCUUAUAGGUGGAUACCGGCUGGGUAACCGACGACCGUGCCCGGUUUCACCGAGUACAGAGACGUUUCCACUCUCGCCCUGUGCGUUGCUUUUCCUCCACUCUUUAACUAGACAGUGGAUUCGAGCGACAUUAACCCCCCGACGGCUGGGUAUUUUCCUCUAAAUGACCGAUGAACGGAGUCUAAACGGAAACGCGGGGAGCUCAUGUGGAGACCAAAUGAGUGCGCAACGCGGCGGUGCGCCGGUUUGACGGCGUUUUUUCCACGCUCACACUUCUGUCCCAGUGGAUCAGCGGCGGACACUGGAUCGCUGUAGGUUAUAGGCUGCCACCGGUCGCGUACCCGCACCGGGCUCUCGAUGCAAACUCAACGGGAACUAAAUUAAAAAACGCCCCGAUUGCCACACCAGCACUCCAGGAGCCCCGCAGCGCGGCCACAAGACCAAACAACAACAAAAAAGAAGAAAAGUGGAUAUUAUUUCUUCUUUGGUUUGACAAAUUUGUCUGACCAGGCGGAGGAUUAUUUAACAUAUUCUUCGCUGAGUGGAGUUCUUCACCUGGCUUGGCAAGGGGGGUGGGGGUGGGGGGAAGACAACCGGAGGAGACAUAGCCUCCAUCUAACCGGAGAGGAGGAGAGGGAGACGCACAGGUCUUUGGAUCCAUCUCCCCAGGCCAUCUCUCUUUUCAGUCCAUCUACGAGUCACCACAAUGUAUCUUCAUGUUGAGUCUUAAUAAAUCACAGCACACCAACUACAGGUUGCCCUGUUCCCAGUGGAGGAUAAUGGAACGGCUGUGGUUCUCUUUGCUGUUGCUGGCAGCAGCAUGCAGGGGACAGCCGUGUCCGAAACGUUGUAUGUGCCAGAGCCUUUCUCCCUCGCUCGCUAUCCUCUGCUCCAAGACAGGCUUGCUGUUUGUUCCUGCUGCCAUAGACCGACGCACCGUGGAGCUACGGCUUCAAGAGAACUUCAUUACAGCUGUCCGAAGAAAGGACUUUGCCAACAUGACCAGCUUGCUACAUCUGACCCUGUCAAGAAACACCAUCAGUCAGAUUCUCCCUUCAGCUUUCAGUGACCUGCGGCGAUUGAGAGCGCUCCACUUAGACUCUAAUAGAUUAACUGUGAUCAAGGAUGAUCAUUUCAAAGGCUUGACCAACCUUCGUCACCUGAUCCUGGCCAACAACCAGCUCCACUCCAUAUCCCCCCAUGCCUUUGAUGACUUCCUGUCCACACUGGAGGAUCUGGACCUCAGUUACAACAACCUUGCCCAGGUGCCCUGGGACACGAUUGGGCGCCUAACCAAUGUCAAUACCUUAAAUAUGGACCAUAACCUCAUAGAAAAUGUUCCCCAAGGGGUAUUCACCAAUCUACACAAACUGGCCAGGCUAGAUAUGACGUCCAACAAGCUGAAGAAAAUUCCCCCGGACCCGUUGUUUCUGAGAAUCCCAGUUUAUGCCAAGUCCAGAGGCUCCCCCCUCUCCUCCCUGGUGUUGAGUUUUGGUGGCAACCCCCUUCACUGUAACUGUGAACUUCUGUGGUUAAGAAGAUUGACCAGAGAAGAUGACCUCGAGACAUGCGCCUCUCCCCCUGACCUCAGUGCCAAAUACUUCUGGACAAUACCUGAAGAGGAGUUCAUUUGUGACCCACCAGUUCUGACUCGUAAGUCACCUCAUACGACGGCUAUGGAAGGCCAGCCUGCCAGCCUCAAGUGCAAAGCGAAUGGCGACCCAGAGCCUGAAGUCCACUGGAUCAGCCCUGAAGGGCGACUAAUAUCUAAUAGCUCCAGAACAUUGGUGUUCCCUAAUGGAAGCCUGGAGAUCAAUGUAACAUCCCUGAAGGAUUCAGGAAACUUCACAUGCAUUGCCUCAAACGCAGCAGGUGAAUCCACAGGAAGGGUGGAGCUAGUUGUCACAGCAAUGCCCCAUCUGGCAAACAGCACAAGCCGCAGCCGAGACCCGUCCUCUGAACCUGCCCCCUCUGACAUCCUAACCUCCUCUAAGGUUGCACUGCCUAACAACGAGACAAGGGGGGCAGACCGGCGGGUCUCACUGGUGGAACUGACAGGAAACUCUGCCCUCAUUAGAUGGAGCAGUCAGACUCCUACAUCUGGAGUCAGGAUGUUCCAGGUCCAGUACAACAGCUCUGGGGAUGACACACUGGUUUACAGGAUGAUUCCAUCCAGCAGCAAUGACUUCCUGGUACGGGACCUCGCCGCCGGACGCAACUACGACCUUUGUGUCCUGGCCGUGUUUGAUGAUGUCAUCACAUCACUGACUGCAACACGUCCUUUGGGCUGUCUGUCAUUUACUACAGACACAGAGUUCAGCCAGUGCCAAGCACUGCACAGCCACUUCCUGGGUGGUACCAUGAUCAUCAUAAUUGGAGGGAUUAUUGUUGCCUCUGUUCUGGUUUUUAUUAUUAUCUUAAUGAUACGAUAUAAGGUUUACAGCAACCAUGGGGCAGACCACGGAAAAGCAGCCAUUGCGACAUCUGCCUCAAGGCCGCAGAGCAACGGACAAGGAGGAGGACAGGUCCAAGUCCUCCCUCACUCUGCCUCAAAAAUGCCUGACAGCCAGGAUGACCAAGCGCUAGCGCCAUCCAGGGCCAUGUCGCCUAGCAACACUCUGAGAGACACAGUGGCAUUGGUCGAGGAGGAGGGCAGUGGACGGAGCAUAAUGACAAGGACUGACUCCUUGGCCAAUGAAGAGUUGCUCUCACCCACCAAGGCCCGCUACUCCUCCAGGGUCGCCAUUGAGAUGAAAAGCAGACCGCCAUCUGUCGCCAAAGAGCCCACCUCCCCCAAGGAACUGGCAGCAGCAGACGUCAGGCGGCCUCAUAGUGUCGAAUGGAGAAACUUUAAGAUCUGAAGGUCUCUUGGCCUCACAAAGAGAGCGCACCAACACUACACACAAAGAAACCCUGAUGUUGUUGUUCUGAGUGGCAGAUGUGGAGAAUGAACGUCACCACCAGGGAGAAGCUGGUGAAAUCUCUGAAGAAAAAAAGGCCCUAUAGCUCCUAUCCCGUAUCUCCUGUUAACUGUACCCAUUACUUUGUUUCCAUGGAUAUCAUGGGGUUAUAGACCUGUACUGUCUGGUUUACUUUUAACUGCUUAUCUUGGUUCUCGUGUCUGGAUUGGACGACCGUGUCAAGGCCCGGCCGCUGAUUGGCCAGUUGCUGCCGGAUCCAGCUUGUCGGUGUGAUCAUCGAAUCUGUGGAGACAGCGGACAUAGAUCAUUUAAAAAGCAACACAAAGAAACAUAUGGAUAUGUCUCACAAUGAAAAUGGACGGAAAAUAUGAAUGAACUUCUCACCAUCUGGAGGAGCAUCAACAUGCACGGACAGACACCGCGUGGAUGGUAAAAACAGACAAACGGUAAAAGUUGGACGCACUGAUAAUCACACUCAACCUGGAUAAACAAUAUGUUACACUGCACGAACAGAAAGGGAUUAAUGUCACACAGAGAAAGCGUCUGGAUGGGUCUGGUUUUGGAUGUGAACACUCAAACAAUAAUGGCUCCAUAAGGGUCCCCACUUUAUUAAUCCAUGUGGAAUAAUGCAAUCCUGCUAAACUGAUUUGAGCUGAGCUGAUAUUAGCUGGGUUGAACUGGAGCUGAAGUUUAACUUAACUUACUGGUUUUGACCCUGUUUUGUCGCAGUCAGAAGUGUGUUUCUUGAAAGCACAUACAGUAUAUAAACGAACUUAACUGAACUAGUCUGACCCAGAGAGACCUGAAUAAACCUGGACCGAGUGGAGCCUAAACUUGAGUUAUACACUGCUAAAGGAUUCAGACUGUGCAGUGAUCUGAUGCAGGCUAGAACUGGACUAGACAGCCCUGCUAUCUAUUGGUCCAGUCUGUGUAUUCCACUGCUCUGGUCCGAUAUAUUCUGCUUUCCAAUACGAUGGGACUGCUGAGGACCUUGUGGACCUUUACCAGCCUCUGUCACAUCUCUCCAGGCCCUCUUAAACAGACCCAGUGAUCAGUCGGAAAGCCACAAAGUCAAGAAAGAAACAGACCAACAGAUAAGAGAGAAGAAAUAAAGUAGCAGGGUAACAGCCAAAUCACAUCAAUUUCAGUCUUCAUUCUCAUUAAUAUAAUCCAACAUUUUCAGCAAAAUAAUCAUCAUUACUGUCAUCACUGAAUAAGUUUACAGGUCCAGAGUUCGACAUUCAAACUGAAAAUACUUAAAUGUGAAGAAAAAAAGCUGUAUGACUGUAUAUGACUACAGCACCUGCAUUGUUAACAACUUGCUUGUAGUCAUCCAGGCACUCUGCACAUAGUCAUUCCCACCAUGGAGUUCUCUUACGUGCACACAGCAUGAUUGAUAACAGCUCACAUCUCAAUUAAUGUUCAACUUCUAAAGAGUUACAUUUACAUAUGUGUCUGACAGACCUCCCUUUAUAUUAAUCAUCAGAAUAACAUAGAUGCUCUAUACUAGCAUUUCUCUCAUCAAUCUCAUGAUUUGACCCAUGCUGGUUAUUGUAAAUGGGAUACUAAGUACACAGGUGCCAUCUGAGAUAAUGUAUCUAUCCAUAUUUGUGUGCACGUAAUUGUACUCACUGCCAUUCCCCACUGUCAUCAUCAUCAUUAUCAUCAUGAUUGUUAACAGUUCCCUGCAGAUGUGUAAGCUGGCAAAAAGCAACAUAGACAGAGAACCUCAAACCUUUUGACCCAUACCUGAAGAAACACACCCAAAAAAAAAAAGAACACAAACAUUUUGUCUUCACUUUUCUCCUUCUGUAUUCCCCUUACUUUUUCUUUGGGCUUUAUCUUUUGUAUGUGUACAUAAAGCAAUUUCAAAUCUUAUAGUUUUGUACAUGUAAUUUUUAUGGUGUGUGGAAAUUUUCUAAUAAAAUAAAACAAAAAUGGAUGACUUUCUCCUA